GAUACGCCACAAAUCACUUUUGGCUAUGGAAGACACUGUGGAUGAGAAGAGCAAUAUUAUAUAUGUCGGCAAUUUGCCGAAGGCUCUUAAUGAAAGUAAUAUUCGCAAAUAUUUUGAGCAGUUUGGUACGGUGAAAAAAAUUCGUUUGAUGAAAUCAAAAAAGACUGGUAAUUCCAGGGGAUAUUGUUUUUUGCAAUUUGAGAGCAAUGAAAUCGCAAAGAUAGCUGCUGAAGCUAUGAACAAUUACUUUAUUGACGGCCGUGUGUUAAAGGUUGAAGUAAAGGAGAUCACACCUAUUUUACGUAGAAUAUUUAGGAAGGGGGCGCCUAUUCUUUCACGUGAUGAGCAAAAGCAGCUUCAUGUAGCUCGUAACGAGGAAUCCCUCAAAUCCUCUGAGAAGGUUUUACAGAAUAUACUUGAGAAUGGUAAAUCCACAGGCACUCGGUUGAUAGAGGGUGCUGAUGAGGUCAGAGCUCGUCUUAAGGCUGCCAUAGUUAAUAUGGAGGAGAAGCAGGAAAAGCUCGGUACGGAUAUUUACGCUGCUAGUAUCAAAAAGUACAAGAAAGCACUAUCCUUAUUAAAACCUUGAUAUAAUUUAUUUAUA